GUUCGUUGAACUGCAUGGCGUCGGUGUAGAUUCAUUACUUUAUUUUAUAUUUAACUAAAAUGUAUUUUUAACUUCAGUUCAAUCAAUAACAGUGAUUAUAUAAUAAUUUCACUUAUAAUAAACUCGCUUUAGUAUUAUUUACUUUUGUAUAAUUGACAAUAAUAUAUCGCCGAUAUGACGGCGGACGAAAGCGCUGAGAUCGACUGGGGUAAUGAAAGGUUAAUCCGCGCUCACAGAGCAGUCGAAGCGAAUGUUUAUGACGUGGAUUCCUGGUCCCUCUUGAUCCGAGAAGCCCAAACUAGACCUAUAAAUGAAGUGCGGUCCAUGUAUGAGAAGCUUAUCACGGCAUUCCCAACGACAGGCCGUUAUUGGAAAAUUUACAUAGAACAGGAGAUGAAGGCGAGAAAUUUUGAGAAAGUUGAAAAGUUGUUUCAGAGGUGCCUCAUGAAGAUCCUGAACAUUGAACUGUGGAGGCUGUACCUCAAUUACGUGAAAGAGACGAAAUGCAUGUUACCGACUUACAAGGAGAAAAUGGCUCAAGCGUACGACUUUGCGCUGGAUAAAAUAGGUUUAGAUAUACACGCGUAUCCUAUAUGGAACGAUUACGUUACAUUCUUGAAAUCAGUCGACGCUGUUGGGUCAUACGCUGAGAAUCAGAAGAUUUCUGCUGUUAGAAAGGUUUACCAACGAGCCGUGAUAACACCAAUAAUCGGAAUUGAAACUUUAUGGAAGGAUUACAUAGCUUUCGAACAGGGCAUCAAUACAAUUAUCGCUGAACGUAUGGCCAUGGAAAGAUCCAGAGAGUAUAUGAACGCAAGACGAGUGGCCAAAGAAUUGGAGACUGUCACGCGAGGUCUGAACAGAAACAUGCCCGCUACCCCACCCAAUGUGGACAGGGAGGAGAUGAAACAGGUGGAACUCUGGAAGAAAUACAUAACCUGGGAGCGUUCGAACCCCCUCCGAUCUGAAGAUACAGCGCUCGUUGCUCGUAGGGUGAUGUUCGCCAUCGAACAGUGUCUGCUGUGUCUGGCUCAUCACCCAGACGUAUGGCAUCAGGCUGCGCAGUUCUUGGACCAUUCGGCUAAGCUUCUGCAGGAAAAGGGGGACUCGAACGCGGCGCGGCUGUUCUCGGACGAGGCGGCGGCCGUGUACGAGCGCGCCACGAGCGGGCCGCUCAAGCACUCCACGCUGCUGCACUUCGCGCACGCCGACUACGAGGAGAGCCGCCUGCACUACAACAAGGUACACCAAGUGUACACCCGCUACUUAGACAUGGAAGACACGGAGCCCACGCUCGCCUACGUGCAGUACAUGAAGUUCGCGAGGCGAGCCGAGGGGAUCAAGUCUGCCAGGACUGUGUUCAAGCGCGCCAGGGAGGACCCGAGGUCACGCUACCACGUGUUCGUGGCGGCCGCCCUGAUGGAGUACUACUGCUCCAAGGACAAGAACAUAGCGUUCCGUAUCUUCGAGUUGGGCCUCAAGAAGUUUUCCCACAUACCCGAGUACGUCUUGUGCUACAUAGACUAUCUGUCACAUCUUAACGAGGACAACAAUACUCGAGUUUUGUUCGAAAGAGUACUCUCGUCUGGAAGCCUUAAGCCAGAGAGCUCAGUGGAUAUCUGGAAUCGAUUCCUGGAGUUCGAAUCCAAUAUCGGUGACUUGGUAAGCAUAGUCAAGGUUGAGAAACGUCGUCAAGCCGUGCUCGAGAAGAUCAAGGAGUUCGAAGGCAAGGAGACGGCUCAGCUGGUGGAUCGCUACAAGUUCCUCGAUCUAUAUCCUUGCAGCAUCGCGGAACUCAAGUCCAUAGGUUACACUGAGGUGGCGUCAAUGUCGAACAAGUCGUGGGCGCUGGGCGGACCUCUGGCGGGAAUCUCGCCGGAACUCGCGGCUGUCAUUCUUGGACAGAAAGACAACGAUCCCAAUAAGGACAUUGCGAGACCGGACACGAAUCAAAUGAUACCGUACAAGCCGAAAUCGAAUCCUCUCCCAGGGGAACAUCCCAUACCAGGCGGUGCGUUCCCUCUGCCGUCGAGUGCAGCGUUUCUGUGCACUCUAAUGCCGCCUCCGUCCAGCUUCAGAGGACCCUUCGUGGCGGUCGAUCGACUCAUGCAGCUCUUCAACAGGAUCUCGCUUCCCGAUAAACCUCCAGCCCCGAGCCAGGAGAACGGCUGCGACACCAAGCUGUUCGACCUGGCGCGCUCCGUGCACUGGAUCGUGGACGACGACGGUCUAGCCGCCGUCUCCAGCAAGGUUCGCCGAAGGAAAAUAGGCGAGGACUCCGACGACGACGAGCUGGGCGUGGCGCCGCCCGUCAACGACAUCUACCGCCAGCGCCAGCAGAAGAGGGUCAAGUGAAUAGAUUCCAGUUAAUUAUACAAAUAAACAUUUUAAUACACA